UUCCCGAGAAAUGUUUUCCUAUAAAGACCAUAAAAACAAAUAAUCCAAAAGUCGUAGACGAUUCUGGAGUUUAUCUAGAGCCAACAAGAAUUUUCAAAAGAAAUCAUUUGAUAAAUAUCAAAAAAGGGAGCUUUGUAUUUCUAUUGAUUGAUCUCGGGGGCGAAGAAUUCAC